AUGUAUAGACGCUAUUACUAUGUUGAAUUCAAUGAGUAUCCGCAGACAUCUGAAACUGGUGUUACAAUAGUGUAUGAUGUUUCUGCACCUGAAGAAGACAGAAAAGCUUUUGCUUUAAAAAACAUACAGUACUUGAUAUUGAUUGGUGAUCCAGGCAUCUUUUUGAUGCACAUGAAUAUUCCAUUCGGAAGCAAAAACCCUUGG